ACCACCGAUAAUUCCGAAUUGUUAAUCUCCAACAUCAUUAACAUAAUUCUUUGGGACAACAAUUAAGAGAAUUAUCGUCUUCUAACCUUUCAUAAACCCGCAAUGGCUUCCCAGAAGGAGAUUAUACUCGCUUUUGACGUCUAUGGCACGCUCCUGUCGACCGAGAGCAUCGCGAGACAGCUCGCAGAACAUUUUGGCCAGGAGAAAGCCGGAAGCAUAGCACAAGAAUGGCGGAAGUACCAGUUGGAAUACACCUGGCGGUUGAAUUCGAUGCAGAAAUACGAGCCUUUCUCGGACGUGACUCGGAAAUCUCUCAAGAACGCACUCGCCGACGCCGGCGUAUCUCUCAAUGACGGCGACACCGAGAACCUCAUGAAAGCUUACAACACCCUGAACCUCUUCCCGGACGUGCCGCCGGUCUUCGACCAUCUCAAAUCAAACCCGCACAUCAACGCCGUUAUCUUCUCCAAUGGCACCUCGCCCAUGAUCAAUGCCUCGCUUUCCCAAUCGCCUGACUUAUCACCGCACGCCAGCCUCUUCCGCAAAGUCGUCCUCGUUGAAGCAGUCAAGCGCUACAAGCCGGAUCCGGAGGUGUAUUCCCACUUGCGUAGGGAGGUCGGCAAGGCAGAGAAGGGAGAGGAGAAGGAUGUUUGGUUGAUCAGUGGGAAUCCGUUUGAUGUCGUAGGUGCAAAUUCGGUGGGGAUGAGGACGUGCUGGGUCGAUCGCGCGGGCAAGGGGUGGGCGGAUCGGUUGGUGGAAGGCGAGGCUGGGAAGCCGACGGUCAUCGUGAAAGGGUUGCAUGAGGUGGUCUCGAAGAUUGAGGAGUUUGUGAGCAAAGCAUAGGGCGUUGGGUGUAGCGCGAGGAUACUCAGCUCGUGAUCUAGAUCUCUAAGGUCCUUCCCCCAACUGACGUCCUUGACCGCUCCUUCCCAGCAUCCCCAGUGCUUCAGCGGACAGCGACGACGUCACCGAUCUCUGCUUCCUGAGUCUAGAUCUUCUCCACGCGGCACAAUAUACAAAGCAUCGUCUUCCCUUUCCACCACAUUGUAAAUUGUCACUUUCCUCUCCUUUCUUCCUAGUGACCUCCACGCUCCUUUAUCCAAACGGAUAUAUACU